GAUGCAAUGAGAUGUGGAAGAGAUGUUCUGAUAGAAACAUUGAAUUUCACAUGUUCCAUCUCUGGCUUCGAAAUGAUCGUCCGCGUUGUCCAUAGCUAGUAGGUAGGUACCUAGCUUUCACCCUGCGGAAGCCGGCUCCACAUUACUCCGAGCCUCGGUCUAAGAUAAGAAUAUCGUUCGGUGACCGCGCAUGUUAUCAACAUUGUCACUCCUUUUUUGCUCAUGUCGAAAACCGCCAGUCUCGCCGUCGUGGGCGCCGGAGCCUCAAUUGCUGCGCUUGCAAGCCAACCAGCGCUGCGAAGCUUCAUUGCAAAGUGGUCCGGAUACAAUGCGCCUGGCGGUGUCUGGCGGAUUAUAGCUAUCCUGCUUGCGCUUGGUAAUCUGAAGAGCUUACCCUUCGUAUGGCAUCUGCGAUUCUUCCGCGCAUUCUUAUACCAACUAUACCUGCAACCCACGCCCAUCCCGCCCCAAGCUCUCUUUGAUCCGAUCAUUACUACAAGUCGCACCUCGAUCCUAGAGACAGAUUACAACAUUCAUAAGAGCAACAGUACUUACUUCGCCGAUUUUGAUAUCUCCCGAACACAUCUUUUCACAGCUAUAAUACGCAAUGGUAUCAAGAAGAACUCCCGCCUAUAUGGCAAAGGCAAGAAGGCCGAAACACUAGGUCGAGAAGAGGGGCCUCGAGGCAAGCACUAUAUCGCGUUAGGCGGCGUCAGCUGUCUCUUCAAGAAAGAGAUUCCCCCGCUCGCCAAAUACGAAAUGUGGACAAGGCUUUUAUGCUGGGAUCGCAAGUGGUUCUAUCUGGUUACACACGUAGUGAAACCUGGCGUCGGAAAGCCGUCUAAGUUCUCGCUGCAGCCUUGGAGGAAAGGAGAGGCGGCUAUUGAGGGCGAAGACGACGAGAAGGUCCGGCAAAAGCUUCAGGGUGCUAUUUAUGCCACGUCUCUUGCUAAAUAUGUUAUCAAGCGUGGUCGCAUCACCGUGCCACCCGAGCAAGCUUUGAUCGACGCAGAAAUGGUCCCUGCUAAACCCGAAGGUUGGGUAUACCAGGGUUUAGUCGAUGGGGAUGCUGUGGCAAAUGGCGACGCUGAAUCUGUGCUUCCUAAGAAGCCGGAAUCUGAUGAGUGGAACUGGGAUAUUAUAGAGGCUGAGAGACUGCGAGGAUUGAAGUUCGCAGAGAACUUCGCAGGUCUAGACGGACUGCAUGAGGUAUUUGAUGGCGGAAAGGAUGGUGCGCUUGGAGAGUACCCCGAUUUAGCAUUUUAGAAGAAGAUAUACCCUAGAUUUUGUAUAGUAGUCAUAGGAGAGGCAGCUGCAAUGUGUAUGUAUAUUCAGACAAGACCAGGCAGAUCUACAAGUAAUGCAACGCAGAAGGGUAUCGCAAUUCUGAGCUAGUUUCUCCGGGUGAGGAAGUCGGCCAUUUGAUGUUACUAUACAUGA